AUUCUCAAUAUUCUAGACAAGAUGCCUGUGAUCGAUUCACCAACCAUUCCUCUUGCUGGGCAGGCUUCGAACACUGUCCUGCUCGCUUUCUUCUUCACAGCUUGCCUGUCAGCAUAUACCAUAUACCAGAGAUUUUUCCAUCCGCUCGCAUCAGUACCCGGACCUUUUUGGGCUAGUCUUACUCGAUUAUGGAUCACCAAGCACAGCUGGGAUGGCGACAUGCACAGGACCAUGAUCGCCUUGCACGAAAAACAUGGUCCCAUCGUGCGCAAUGGCCCCAAUGAAGUCAGUAUAGCAGAUCUAUCAGCCAUCAAGACAAUCUACGGCGCAGGUACAAAGUUCCGCAAGAGCGACUGGUAUUCCGUUUGGCAAGGUCAUAGAAAGUUCGACUUGUUCGCAGAAAGGGACGAAAAGCUGCACGGCAAGCAAAGAAGCUCUAUCAGUUCGGCUUACGCCAUGACUAGCUUGAAAGACUUGGAGCCAUACGUGGACGACACUGUCAAAAGAUUUGUGGAUGCGAUGGGUGAGCGUCAGAACCAAGUCGUAGAUAUGGGUAAAUGGGCACAGCUCUUCGCUUUCGGUGAGCAGCACCAGAUUUCUACAACCAAUGACUUGACUGACUUACCAUGUANNGAUGUCAUCGGGGAGAUAACCUUCUCAAAGAGCUUUGGUUUCAUGGAAGCACAAGCCGACGACGGGUCCUUUGCUCAGAUCGAAGGCGCCCUAAAGUCUGCCUCGUGGAUUGGACAAGUCCCAUGGCUCUACUGGCUUCAUGACCGCUUCAUGCCCCUGAUUGGUAACCAUCUGGCUCUCAACAACCGACAUGGAUCGCUUCGAACUCUUGCCGCCAAAGAGAUCUCUGCAAGGAUGGAUCGUGGCAGCGACCGCAAAGACAUCUUGUCGAAGCUGCACGCAGCACAGAAGGACAAAGCCGAACUCGACGACAAUGGUGUGAUCAGCAUGGCGACCUCGAACAUCUUUGCUGGCAGCGACACGACUGCCAUCUCGACCCGUGCUAUCAUCUACUACUUACUCAAGAAUCCUCAGUACAAGCAGAGACUGGUCGAAGAGAUUGACGAUUUCAAAAGACAAGGCAAGCUAAGUGAUCCUGUCAAGUUGACAGAAGCGGACUCGAUGCCUUACCUACAGGCUGUCAUGUACGAGGCAUUGCGCUGUCAUCCAGCGGUCGGCAUGAGCUUGCCUCGAGUAACUCCAGCCGGCGGCGCCACCAUCGCCAACACUUUCAUUCCUGCAGGAACUGUCGUAGGAGCCAAUCCUUGGGUGAUCCACCGCAACAAGGAGGUGUAUGGCGAGGAUGUCGAGGACUUCCGCCCAGAUCGUUGGUUGAAGGAGGAUACGGGAGAUAUGCACAUAAGCUGGAUGGAGAUGUCCAAGCUGAUACCGACAUUGUUCCUCCACUAUAACCUCGAGCUCGCAGACCAAGAUGCCGAAUGGACAGAGACCUGCNUUGUGAGUUGUUGUGCUAUGUUGAUGCUUGUCCGCCGUGCUAACCCUCCGGCUAGCUGGUUCGUGAUGCAGCAAGGCGUCAACGUGCGGCUCGUCAAGCGCGGUGUGCCAGCAUAG